AUGGAGGGUACGACGGUUCUGGACGACGCCACGGAGCGCAAGAAGGCGCUCCUGGUGUACAAGAGCAACCUCCAGUCAGCCUCCGACGAUGAUGGUGACGCCUCUGACGAGGAGGAGGUCGUGGCGCAUGCCAAUAGCGAUGUGAGGGCUCCCCGACCGCCAGCUUGGGGCGAGGACUACGACAUGGACGCAUCCCGAGGUCCAUCGAAGCAGGAUACAGCCGUGGGCGACGAGGGUGAUGAGGCACAUGUGUAUGAUGAAGAGGAAGGUGGCGUACAGGUAGAGAAGGACGAUGACGAGUCCCUCAACGCACCAUCGGACGACGAUUUGGACAGCACAGCCACACCAAGACGCUCUGAGACCGACGAAGACGAUGACGAGUCGCCUGAAAGAGCGGGAUUCUCCAACGCACCACCUCAAGCUCUAGAGAAACGGGAAAAUACGAAGAAGAUGCCGGCCCACAGCGAGACGGACUUAGCGUCGGAAGCUGCUGUAAAUCUCGCGCCAUCGCCCAGUCCCAGUAAUGCCAGUGUACAGCAUGUUGACGACUCGACGACUCUGGCGCUCAAAUCAGGUACCUCCAUGGUGGGUGCGAUCAUUGCAGCACGCCGCUGCACUGUGGCUCGCAAAGAGUGCGAGGCGUGCCAUGAGCCCCGCAAUGGACGACGGGCACUGCUGUGUCUACAGUGCAAAUGCAUGUACCACACGAGCUGCUUCCGUCAGCAGUUCCCUCAGCUAGUACCAGUCACUAAUCGCCAGUGGUUUUGUCCCGAUUGCGAGCCAGUCGCCAAGGCUGCAUCGACUGAUAAACCCCCAGCUAGUACUCCCCGGAAGCAGCAGCGUAGCGGUUCUGCUGCGAAAGGUCGUGGUAGUCGUGGGUCGAAAUCUUCCUCCACGGGCCGAGGCAAGGGUGAGAUUGACGACAAGAUCGGGGUUGCAGGAGAUGUAACUGCUGCUGCUGUAGAGACGGAGAUACAGCGCUUGACGGAUCUAGCGUUGCGCGGCGGUAAGAACAUCAACUCGAAGAUACUGGAGCAGACAGGGGAGAUGCUGCACAUUACGCAGACUCUAACAAAGGAUAUCAACAGCGUCAUGGAUCUGCAUCGGCUCGAGAACCAUAGUGGCGCACGAAAUGGCAACUUCUACGGUGCUAGUACUGUCAACUACAGCAAUGACGUUAAACAUGAACAACGACAGCAGCAACAAGUGCUGGUGAACUCUCCGCCACCGCCUCCGUUCCUGUUGGUUCCUGCAUCAUCAGCGCACGCGGCUUCUGCCACUUCUUCUCAUUUUGCUGCAACAAACGAUGCAAGUGCCAGUAAGGGGGACAAUGCAGAUGUAUCAGACAAAGAUGCUCUGCUGCGUCGAGUGCAUAAUGGCUUGGACUCUCUGAAGCAGAUAAUGGAGCAGCUGCAAGUUGCAGGUAUCCAGUUCGAGGUUGAUUUUAUAAAGGAGAUUAAAGCAACUCCCAACCAAGACCGUAAGUCUGCAAGCAACAGUGGAGCUAGGAAGCAGGCGACAGGAACGGCUGGUCGAUCUGCAUCGGGGUCGAAGGGAAAGAGUGGUGCCAGUCGCUUGUACUCAUCGAAGCAGAUUCAGAAGCUGGAGGAAUGGUACCAGCGAUCCUCUCGACCAGAGUCUAGUGAGAUUCACUCGAUGUACCGCAUCAUCAACUGUCCAGACUAUGCGGACCCAGAGCUACAACCAGAAGGCAUCUCAGUGAAGCAGAUUCGCAUCUGGUUUGACAAUAGGCGUGCGAAGGAACGUCUGGACUACAUGCGCCUUAAGAUGAAGGACAUUUCUACGACUGACAUGGAUGCGGACAGUGUCAAAAAGAUGAAGGCUGCUUACAUCGACGAAGCCAAAGAAGUGCUUGAGGCUCGAGUGUCACGGAUGCGUGAGAAUGGACAGGGGUCUGGGCAUGUCGUUGAUGAAGCAGAUAUGGCCUUGAUUGCUAAUACGGCUGAUCAACCCACACAUGGAAGAGCUCCUAGAUUAAGUCCGCCUGGAGCAUUGAUGGGCUCCAGCAAAGAUGGAGCUGAUAGACCGUCUACUCCUGGGGGCUCGAGUGUUCAGAAGAAACGUAUUCGAAUCGAUCAUGUUGCUUCCGUGAGGAAGGCAAUUAAGGAUGCUCGUGAGGCCGGCAAGAGCGAAGAGGAGACCAAAGCGCUACGUUUGACUGCGAUCGAACGUGCACGAGAGAGGUUGCAUGUUCCUUACAAGAAUGCUCGUACUGGAGCGUCCAAACCGCUGGGGAAAGAAGAAAUGUCACACAUUAAGAUGAAGCUGCUGAAGCUAUUAGAGGAAGACGCAUCUGCUGAGGAACUUACGGAUAUCAUCGAGCUGCUGCUAUCUCUUACCAUUCCACACGCCGUACUAAUUGAGUCGGAUAUGCAGCGGCAGUUGGAAUUGGUUCUGAUUGCUCACAAAGACAACAAAGAGCUUGUGCGGCAGACAAAGAAGUUGCAUGAAGAGUUUCAAUGGAUUGUGGAAAACGGUGAUGCACCGAGCGUGGUGGCUGCGAUGGCAGUGGAGACCAGUACCAAUAAGAAGCGGAAGGAAAAACCACGGUCACUUUUACUAAGUGUAGACACUGAAUCGUUGCCAGGAACUCCCGGAUCGUCGCCAAGUUCAGGACCGACACCUUCGCCGGAGUCCAGACGACCGCGUGUAAAGUUCUCGCUGGCUCAGCUAGUAAAGCUCGAGAAGUAUUUCCACAAAGAAGAUACACCGAGCAAGAAGAAGCUUGACAAAAUCGCGGCUCGGUUGAAUACAAUUGCGUCUUCGGAUCCGUCGAGUGAUGCGGCGCAGAGAUCUAUCGAUUACAAGCAGAUUCGUUGCUGGUUCUACAAGCGGCGGUCGGCAAACCAGCCCCCUCAGGCCUUGAGUGGUGCGGAUCUGCACAUUGAUGACGCGGCCUCGAGCUCGUCUUGUUCCAGUGACACAGAGUCGGACAACGAUACCAAAUCGGAAAAGGGAUCCAAGUCCCGAACGAAGCCGAAGUCAAAGACGUUGGCCAAUGCGUCUGGCAGCUCUGGUGCGAAGCGUAAAGCACCUGUGAGUGACGACAAAAGUAACGCUAAACGUCCGAGAAGGGAUACUCCUAGCGCCCAGGGAAAGUCGACCGAAACAGUUAUUAUAAGCGACGAAGAUUAUGCCGGAAAUGCGCAUGGAGGGCGGAUCUUCAAUGUGAAGCAGCUCGCAACAAUAAUCGAAGAGUACGAAAAGAAUCCGCGACCGACAAUGGCUCGACUGGAGGAAUUGCUAAAGGUGCUGAACCAAGAUGACCACACAGACGAGUACAAUGGUGGGAAUGUACUUGGAGUGACGAAGCAGCAGAUCAAGACGUGGUUCUCUAACCGCCGCGCAAAGGAGCGUCUCGACCUAAUCAAGAUGAAAAUCAAAGAGACUCGUGCUGGCCUCCAGGGGAGCAGCGACUCGGACAGUGAUGACGAUGGAGGCGAAGACACCGAGAUGAAGAUGGUAAGUGCGUCUGCACUCGGACAAGUUAGCGCGACCAAGGAGGAAUGGCGAGGAGUAGUUGCCAAGGAUCACGAGGAUGACGGGGCAGCGGAUAUGAAAGUUGAUGCAUGAAUAGGCCAACCAAGCUCUAAAAUUGCUUUUACACCUUA